AAUGAUAAUAAAUGCUUUGCCAGCUUAGGCUCGCCCCUUAAUUUUCAUUUGUUUAGUUAUUAUUACUUAUAUUGGCCUUUUUAUAUCUGCUGUUUUAACAUUAUGUUUGAUGGUUGUGUAAGUUAGUCUGAGUAUGGUAACUGCUUUGAGUCUUUUUUAGAUCUGUUAUUUAGAUGUGACUUGCAGUAUAUCUACAUGGGAAUUGUUACAUAGCCCUACUACAAGUUUAGUGAAGCAGCUAGUUUAAUACAAAGUAACAAUAACUGCUAAAGAAAAGCUCAACAGAUGGGUUAUAGGUGUUGUCAACAACUUGUUUUUAAAAUUGUUGGAUACAUGUCUACAAUAGAUCUAAAGUUAUGAAACUUUUACUUUCUGGGUGCCAACAUUAAUUACUAUUUAUUUUUAAAUGUCAAUGAAUGCAUGUCUUGGGUGCCUUGUUCUGACACCUUUUACUUAAUUUUUAUUAGCCUCACUUGUUUACAUAUAUACAAUGAAUGUAAACUUAAUUUAAUUUAAAUGAAUGAUAAUAUUGUGUGGAAAUUUAUUCUUAAAUUUCUUUUUUAAAUGUUUAUUGAUAAUCUAGAAUAAUCUAGAUCUAGUAUAAUAGUAAAAAUAGUUUGUGUAGCACUUUGUGAUUUUAUCAUAGAAUAUGGUGUGAUGAGUGAUGUCUAAAACUUCCAAAAAAGGAUUGACAGAAGUGAAUUGAGCCCUAGGAAAUUGAUGGCUAUGAAGAAUACUCUCUUUCUUGUCGUGCUAUUUUGUUUUUUGCUUCAAAAUGCUUCAGCUGCUUAUGGCACUGAUUUUUAUGUUGGAGCCAUGAGAAACUACAGAGGAGAAACUAAUUACCUUCUUCUGUAUAUCGCAACUCCCUCUGUCACAUCAGUUUCUUUUUUAAUUGAAACCACCAAUGGAUUUAUUGGUAGUUACAGUGUCAGCAGCAGUGUCCCUGUUUUGUUAGUUUAUCAACAACACUUGUUACUAAUGAUGGCCUUUAUUCCAGUCGUUUCAAAGGAGUAUAUAUUUACUCAACAAAUGGAGGAUUAAUCUCUGUACUAGUGGUUAAUGUGAGAGGCACUGGCUCUUUUGGAGACUAUAUGGCCUACCCAUAUCAGAACUUGGCUCUUUCAGAAUAUCAAUAUUAUGCUGUAUCUACUGGGACACUUGUUGGUACUGCUUUGAGUGAAGUUUUGUUAGUUGGAAAUGAGGAUAACACAACUGUCACUGUCAUUCCUACUCAAACUGUUUCAGUUCCUAUUGAUAUUCAGACAAAUAGUAACAGUAAAACAGUUACUGCAGGCUCAUCGUUCAAUUUUACCAUUCACAGAAUGCAAACGUUUCUCAUUGGUGCCCCAUUACUUGACAUCAGUGGAACCAGUAUUGUAUCUGAUAAGCCUCUGACAGUAAUCAGUGGCCAUGAGUGUGGCAACAUUCCUCUUGUUUGUUGCUGUCAACAAAUUGCUGAGCAGAUACUUCCAACAAUAAUAUGGGGCAGAGAAUUCCUUUUGACUCCUUAUGCAACACGAUCUGAUGGCCCUUACUUUAAAGUUGUAGCAGCUUUAGGAGACACUUCUUUAAAUUUCACUUGUUCUGCUAAUGGAAGUAAUAGCUUUUAUUUACAAAAUGCAGGAGACGUCACUACUUUAUAUUCUAGUUCCAGUUAUUGCUCGAUUAUUUCUAAUAAACCAGUACUGGUGACACAGUUAGGACCAAGUCAAGACUCUGGUGGCAGUGGUAAUGGUGAUCCAGUUAUAUCACUUAUUCCUCCAAUAGAACUGCAUCAACAGAACAUAACAUUGGUCAUUCCUGGGUUUUCAUCAAUUAUUAACAAUUAUAUUAACAUUGCCACAACUACAAAAGGUUCAUUGUACAUCAAUGGCCAGUUACAAUCGGUAACUUGGAACAAUAUAUAUAACAAUAUGAGCAGUAUUAUUGGAUAUGGAACACAAAUUCCAUUCAACACAAUCUCCACCUUAUCUUCUUAUACUAUUUCAAUGGAGACAGGUUUCACUGCACUAGUAUAUGGCUUUGGUAACCAUCAUGGUUAUUCUUAUAGUGCUGGAAUAAAUCUAACAGGAAAUGGCAUAGAAAAUGUACCAUUAUUAGAUCCUUGCUUAAGCAAUAAUGGUGGUUGUGACCAGCUUUGCACUAGCACUUUUGAAAGCUAUGCAUGUAGUUGCCAUCCUGGCUUUAGUUUGGAUCUCAAUGGAUAUAAUUGUUCAGAUAUUGAUGAAUGUGCUGAUAAUGAUUGUGAACAUAUUUGUGUUAAUACAAUUGGAAGUUAUUCGUGCUUGUGCCAUGAUGGUUACAGUUUAGAUACAAAUAACAGAAAUUGUUCAGAUAUUGACGAAUGCACUGACUACAAUGAUUGUGACCAUAUUUGUGUCAAUACUAUUGGAAAUUAUUCUUGUUUGUGUGAUAAUGGAUAUACUUUGGAUACAAAUAAUAGAAACUGUUCAGGUUUGCUAUUGUGUGUUAGCUGUGUUGUGUAGGGCCAUGAA